AUGACAACAACAACAAUGUCAGAGACAAUUAAUUAUCGCCACAUGUGCAAGGAGGAGUAUAAAUAUUUGAUUCUCUCUGUUGUAGGUGUAAUAUCCAUAAUUAAAUAUGGACAAAGAUUUAUCGAUACACAUUCAAUUAUUUACGCUUACAUGGUAUACAACACUUUUCAACAAUCCUCUAAAGAGGUUGACGCAGAGAUUCGAACGAUUUUGGGAGCUAUGGUUUCGAGUGGGCAAUGUCGUUGUCAUUGCUCUACUGCCAAUCACCUAUCUAUCUCUUCAUUUGUCGUCAGUGCAAUCUUUCAUGAAUUUGGUCAUGCAAUGUCAUGUCUUCAAUUAAAAAAUAGAAUUAAUAAUAUUGGACUUUACAUAUUCUUUGUUAUACCUGGAGCCUAUGUAGAUGUCAAUUUGGAUGAUCUAUACCGAACACCUUUUUGGAAUCAAUUAAAGAUUUAUACGGCCGGUGUAUGGCAUAACCUUGUGUUGGCACUAUUCGUGUCAUUUAUUGUAUUACCAUCACUACCUUUGCUCGUGUCUCCCAUCUACCGAUACUCUGACACUGAGCUCUAUGUUACCAACGUUGCUUUGACAUCACCACUGUCAAACAAAAUUUUCCCAGGCGACCACAUCAUCUCUAUCAACGACUGUCCCGUUACCAAUCAACACGAUUACAUUCAAUGUAUCUACAAGGUGAUAGACACUAAAGAACAAUAUUGUCUACGACAUGAUAUUCAUAGUUGUAUAAAUGAAACUUUAAAUAUUAGAGAAUGUUUAAAAAAUGAUAAAUUAACUUUAAUUAAAAAAUGUACAACUACAUGCGAUCAACCACAAUAUGAUUGUACUGAAAUCUAUGACUACAAUUAUUAUAUAUUUAAAAUUACAGUUCAAAGUAUUGGUUAUAAUAGACCUGAAGAAUUAACAUUUUUGGGUACUCCAGAAGAACUUUGGAAUUCUUAUUCAACAAAUAAUUAUAUAUCUAGGUUUGAAUCAUUAAGAUCUAAAGAUAUACCUUUUAUAUUAUAUACUAUAUUAAAUUUUGUAUCAGCCAUUUCAUUGGGGUUGGGUGCAAUGAAUGUUCUUCCAAUUCGAUUUAUGGAUGGACAACACAUUGUAGAUGCAUUGGUAAUGACUUUUCUUAGAUCACGAUCACUCGAAAGAGAAGAUGAGGAUCGAAUAUUUGAAAAAUCAACUAAAAUUAUUGGAACAGUUACAACUAUUCUACUUUUAGUUAAUAUAAUAAUUGCAACUUAUUAUAUUUUUGAAGGAUUAUAA